AUGCCCCCUCGCACGUCAACACGAUCGGCGCGCGCGUCGACGAGGAACUCGGCCGCCAACUCGACCGCACGCACAUCCACCGCUGCAUCGCGUGCAUCAUCCGCCGCCUUCGACGUCCCUGAGGAAACCCCAGACAAUGAACUCCGAACCCAGGUAGCCGCUGUUUUUCGCGAGGCUCAGAGGAAUACCGCGACACACAGGAAAUCGGCCGUCACGCUGCGCAAGCUGCAGGAGGCAUGCUGCUACGAACCAACCAGUGCCAAGAAGGCCACCGCGGGCGACUUUGACGAAGAUGACUUCAACACAGAGUUCAUUCGGUGUGUUUUGCGCGUCAUGCCCGUCAGGAAGAGCGAGGCCGUCGGCGAGAGGACAAUCCGCUUCGUCGGUGUGUUUAUGCGGCACUCCAUCGACAAGGACAAUGAACUCGCGGGCAACGUCGAUGAGGAUGCAAGCACCAUGCCCGAGACACCGAGUACGAGGUUGACCUCCCGGCUCAUGGACGCCAUCCUGCCCCUGAUGAUGGCCAAGGACAAGUUUGUCAGAUAUCGGUCGACCCAGCUCAUCGCUCACAUUGUGAACUCUCUCGACGCCAUCGAUGACGACCUUUUCCAGAAACUUCGAUAUGGAUUACUCAAGAGAAUUCGCGACAAGGAGGCCAUGAUCCGCGCCCAGGCAGUCCUUGGUCUCGGCCGUUUGGCAGGGAACCAGAUCGAGGCUGAGGCCAACUCCGACAGCGACGGGGACGAAGCGAGCGGCUUGCUGGAGAAGCUCCUUGAAGUGCUUCAAAAUGAUCCUAGUGCAGAUGUCCGGAGGUCUCUGCUUGUCAACCUACCGAUAUUGCCGAACACGUUGCCAUUCUUGCUGGAGAGAGCGCGAGACCAGGACGCCAUGACACGUCGUGCUGUAUACUCCCGUCUUCUUCCCGCCCUUGGAGACUUCAGGCAUCUGUCACUCUCCAUGCGAGAAAAGCUCUUGCGCUGGGGUCUUAGGGAUCGAGAUGAGACAGUCCGCAAGGCGGCAGGUAAACUUUUCCGUGAGCGGUGGAUCGAGGACUGCGCGGGCGCGCCGCCAUUGAACGACGAUGGACAGCCCACUGAGCUACCUGCGCCAAGCUUCGAAGGCCUGCUUGAGCUUCUUGAGCGUAUCGACGUAGUCAACUCCGGUGUCGAGAAUGGUGUUGGCCUGGAGGCUAUGAGGGGCUUCUGGGAAGGACGGCCAGAUUACCGCGAGGCAGUCACGUUGGAUGACAACUUCUGGGAUACUCUUUCCGCCGAGUCUGUGUUCAUGGCCCGGAGUUUCAACGAGUUCUGCAGAAAUGAGGGGAAUGGCAAAUAUGAAGACUUGAUCGAAGAAAAGCUGCCUGAGGUCACCAAGCUGGGAUUCUACCUCGAACGAUAUGUCAAGGUCCUCACGGAUGCUUUGAAGAGAAUAGAGCAGCGAGAGGAGCCCGAGGAUGAAGAGGACGAGGAGGAUACCGUGGAGCAAGAGUUUAUCGUGGAACAACUUCUGCACAUUGCACUGACUCUCGACUAUUCCGACGAAGUUGGCCGCAGGAAGAUGUUCUCAUUGCUCAGGCAAACACUAUCGAUCCCCGAACUCCCGGACGAGGUUACGAAACUCACCGUCAACGUCCUCCGGGACAUUUGUGCACCCGACAAUGCGGGUGAGCGCGAGUUCUGCAGCGUCGUUCUCGAAGCCGUGGCAGACGUGCAUGAUACAAUCCUGGACGAACCCAACGAUGACGAGAGCUUCCACUCUGCCCAAUCCGAGGUUGAUGAAGACGAAGAAUCUGCUAAGAGCGGAAAGCACGACAAAGACAAUGACUUAACAGAAGAGGAAGCUCAUGCUAAGGCAGUCAAGGAGAUCGUCAUCAACAUGAAGUGUCUUCAUAUUGUGCAGUGCAUGCUGACCAACGUGGCCGGUAGCCUGCAGGAGAAUGACCACUUGGUGUCUAUGCUGAACAACUUGGUCGUUCCAGCCGUCCGCAGCCACGAAGCGCCUGUGCGUGAGCGUGGUCUGUUAUGCUUGGGUCUCUGCUCCUUGCUCGAUAGGUCGCUGGCCGAGGAGAACCUGACGCUUUUCAUGCACUUCUUCAGCAAGGGCCACACCGCCCUCCAGAUCACAGCGUUGCACAUCCUCACAGAUAUACUCAACGUCCAUGGGUCGCAGCUUCUGUCGAACAACCCGAAUCUCCUCAAAGUCUACGUCAAGGCUCUGAGAUCAGGCGCGAAAUCGCCUGAAGUGCAGGCUGUCGCCACCAUCGCAGCAUCGAAACUUCUUCUCGGCCGUGUCGUCACAGACAUCGAUGCAUCCGCUGAACUGCUCAAGACCCUUGUUAUUGCCUACUUCGAGCCAGCGAGCUCGCAGAACCAAAGCGUCCGACAGGCCCUCAACUACUUCCUGCCAGUCUUCUGUUACUCGCGCCCUGAGAAUCAAGAUCUCAUGCGAUCAGUGGCACUCGAUGCCUUGCAUGCGCUGUACAAUGUUAGGGAGGGCUUAGAGGACGAUGAUGCGGAUGUCGACGACGAGAUGGUCAGCUUAUCGACAAUUGGAGCUUGCUUGGUCGAUUGGACGGAUCCACGGAAAUGUUUCUCUCCUGAUGUGGGUACCGACGCGGAAAAGAAGACGAAUGUCAACGGUGACGUCCACCUUGAGUUUGCGAGGAAUGUGUUGGAGAGAUUGGACUCCAACUGCAGCAAGGACGAGAAGAAAGUGGUUGCCGCCCUCCUUGGCAAGCUGUACAUCUCGCCCGCUUCCACCGAGGAAAAGCUGCGCGACCUUUACGCCGAGGUCUCUGAUGCCGUGGAAACAAACCUCAUCUCAGACACCACAGGCCGCAACGCCUUGUACAAGAUCCACGUCAGCCUCGGCAAGAUCGUCAACAGCCUCGACCAGCAGAAGGAGGCCGGCUUCCGAAGGUCCACUGCCAGCCGUAGCGUGUCACUGGCGCCAGAGCCGGCGGCCGAGGACCGGACGAUGGUUGGCCAGGAACCGCAGAUCAAGGAGGAGGAGGAGGAGGAGGAAGAUAACGAGUCGAGGCUGGAGGCCGACGAUAGCAACGACACGGUCAAGCCAAAGUCCGAGGACGUCACGGAAGCUGGCGACGGAGACGGAGACUCUUUGGUGAGCGAGCUGCUAGACGACGAUGGCGACACUAUUAUGAGCUGA